CGGACAGCGCUGAGGAUCAAACUGCACGAUCAGCCGCUUUUAGCUGCUGUAACCCGCAACAACAUGGUGUCUUUAUUCCUGAAAGUGGCACGUUUUCGAUGUGUUGGACGCACAGGGAGGUUUAUUAGUGAACAUGGGACACAGACAAUAUCGGGCUUACAAAAGAGAUGUGCCACAGAAGGAGAAAAAAGGGUGCCCAAAAUAUACACCAAAACUGGAGACAAAGGUUACACAAGCACAUUUACAGGAGAAAGGAGGCCAAAGGAAGAUCAGGUCUUUGAAGCGUUGGGAAACACAGAUGAGCUGUCAUCAGCUAUAGGGUUGGCCAGAGAGUUUUGCCUUGACAAAGGCCAUGCAUUCAUACAUCAGAUGGACAAGAUACAAUGUGUUUUGCAAGACGUGGGCUCCAGUAUUGCCACUCCUAAAUCAUCUGCAAGAGAAAGUCAUCUAAAGAAGACUAAAUUUUCCACUCAGCCAAUUGCAGACCUGGAAAGCUGGAUAGACAAAUUUACAGAAGAACUUCCUCCACUAACAAGCUUUAUUUUACCAUCUGGCGGAAAGAGUAGUGCUGCUUUGCACGUAGCUCGGACAGUUUGUCGCAGAGCUGAACGCAGUGUUGCUUCCAUUGUCCGUUCAGGGGAAGUGGACCCAGAUGUUGCCAAGUUUCUGAACAGACUGAGCGACUAUCUGUUCACUGUGGCCAGAUAUGCAGCCAUGAAAGAAGGCAAUGAGGAGAAAAUCUACAAAAGACCUGAAUGACUGGAUUCUCAUGUGAGGAUUAAAUUAAAUCAUUUGUUGUAAAGAUGGCCAUACAAAGAUUAUAAUCACUUUAUUGUUAUUAUGUAAAUGUCAGUGAGUGUUUAGUUUAUUUUUUACUUCUUUUUGUGGUUAAAGGCUAAACCUUUGGAUGAAGAUAAGUUACUGUACAGGAAAAAACUAGAAAUUGUACUCAAAGACCACAGACACCAACCAGAGUGAUAAUAGCCAAACAUAAUAAAUGUUGGCCAAAGAGA